AUGCAGACCAAGUCUCUCCUCCUCUCCCUCUUUGCCCUGGCCUCCGCCGUACCUCUGGCUUCCGCCGGCAACAACGACAACGGCAACGGCAACGACAACGGCAAAGGCUCCGGAAAGUCCUGCUCCCACAAGGGCCUAGACUGGUACGCCAAAAAGGCCGGACUCAAGUACUUUGGCGCGGCCACCGACUCGCCCGGCCAACGCGAGCGAGCGGGUUAUGAGUCUGCCUACGCCCAGUACGACGAGAUCAUGUGGAAGUCGGGCGAGUUUGGGCAGACGACGCCUACUAAUGGGCAGAAGUGGCUCUUCACCGAACCAACCCGCAACACCUUCAACUUCACAGAAGGCGACAUCGUCGCCUCCCUCGCCCGCCAGAACAACAAGCUUUUGAGAUGCCACGCCCUAGUCUGGCACUCGCAGCUCGCACCCUGGGUCGACUCCUCGUCAACAGACUGGACAAAGGACGAGCUCCGCUCGGUAAUCAAGACCCACGUCACCAACGUCAUGAACCACUACAAAGGCCAAUGCUACGCCUGGGACGUGGUCAACGAAGCCUUCAACGAGGACGGCACGUACCGGGAGUCUGUGUUUUACAACGUUCUUGGUGAGGAAUUCAUCCAGCUCGCUUUUGAGACGGCUGCCAAACAAGAUCCCAAGGCCAAGUUGUACUAUAAUGACUAUAACCUUGAGUCGCCAUCGCCCAAGACGGAGGCGGUCAGGAAGAUGGUUAGGGGACUGCAGAGUAAGAAGAUCCGGAUUGAUGGGGUGGGACUCCAGGCGCACUUGGUGGCGGAGAGCAGGCCGACGCUGGAUGAGCAUGUUGCUGCUAUCAAGGGGUUCACGGAGUUGGGAGUUGAGGUGGCGUUGACGGAGUUGGAUGUUAGGCUGCAGACGCCGGCGAAUGCGACGAAUUUGGCGCAGCAGAAGGAGGCGUAUAAGAACGCCGUCGGAGCUUGCGUCCAAGUCGACGGAUGCAUCGGUGUCACCAUCUGGGAUUUCUAUGACCCCUUCAGCUGGGUCCCUGCCGUCUUCGCCGGUGAGGGUGCCGCCCUUCUCUGGUACGAUGACUUCAGCAAGCACCCUGCCUACGACGGUGUCGUCGAGGCUUUGACCAACAAGACCCAAGGACAUAACGGAAACGAUCCUCGUGGUGCCAAGCGAUGGGUCGCAUAG